UCUGCUCUUGGUACGCUUUGGCUCAUGCUGCAUCAUGCUGCCGUUUCUGUCAAGCACUCUUUCAGUUCACUGCUCAGCAUACGUCAUGCCGACGUUCUGCACACCACAAGGGUCAGCAACCUCUCGACCUUUUGGUUGUCUGCACGCCUUCCUGCGCUCCAGCUUGGGGUGCUUCCGAGCAUGGUUGAGACGAGCGCUGCAGCUGCCCAAGCUGAGAAGAAACAGAAGACGGACCAAACGGUCGCAGUCACCAAAUGCCUGCUGUUGCAGUAUGAGUAUGUGGAUGGCAUUCUUGAGAAGCGAGCUCCGCACCGAGCCGGACAUUUAGCGCACUGGCAGAGACUAGCGGAUGCAGAUCAGGUGUUGCUGGGAGGAGCUUUCGACCCUCCUUCAGGUGCAAUGAUCGUGCUGCGAGGGAUCGAUCGGCACGAGGUAGAGGCUUUGGUCAAGGAUGAUCCCUACUUCACAAACGGAUUGGUCCCCUCCUACGUCAUUCGUGAUUGGAACGUCGUGCUGGGAUCUGCCAUGCGAUGA